GUUAGUAACUGGUAACAUGGAGUCGAAGUAAAUGUGAAGUGCUUGGGGGUGCGCAGUAACAGCGAAAUUUUGGUGCCUUGUGAGCAGCGAUUCUAUCGCAUGAAAGGCCUUGCACUGUUGGGUUGUAUCAGUAAUGGUGGACUCGGGUGAUUUUGAUAUGUCGCGUGUGCCAAUUCUCGUUAUUCUCGGCUCCACGGGAACGGGCAAAUCCCGUUUGGGCAUCGAAUUGGCCCAAAAAUUUGCUGGUGAAAUAAUAUCUGCGGACAGUAUGCAGGUGUACAAAGGAUUGGACAUUAUUACGGCUAAAGUAACCAAAGAGGAACAAGCAUUGAUACCCCAUCAUAUGCUUGAUGUAGUCGAUCCACUCGUCAACUACUGUGUCGUUGAUUACAAGAAGAAAGCUCUGCCGAUCAUGAACGAUUUAAUGUCGAGGCGGAAGAUGCCAAUCAUCGUGGGAGGCACGAACUAUUACAUCGAGUCACUGCUGUGGCAGAUUCUCGUUGAGGAUCCCGAGGCGUCUGGGAAUACGAUGAGACAUGAUGAUGGGCAUUUCGUCGAUCGCGAGAAGAGGGAGUGUGAGAACGAGGCUGAUGAUAACAAUAAGGGUAAAAUCAUUGCUCAAUCAUCUGAAGUGCCACUGAAUAAACAUGAACGAGUGAAUACGUACACAUGUCACAAAAAAAUGAAGUUCGAUGAUUCAAUUGAAACGAAUGAAGCACUUCACAAACGUCUAUUGAAAGUUGAUCCGGAAAGGGCGCGCCGAUUGCAUCCAAACAACAGGCGAAAAGUCAUUAGAUCUUUGGAGGUUUUCGAGAAUCAUGGAACAACACUCUCCGAUAUUCUGAGGGCCCAACGUAAUGCCGGUGGUUCAGGUCUCGGUGGUCCUCUACGAUUUCCAAACUCCCUCAUUCUCUGGCUACGAUGUGAUCAGAAAGUAUUGGACGAGAGGUUGGAUAAAAGGGUGGAUGAUAUGCUGCAUGCGGGCCUCGUUCAGGAACUCCUAGAUUUUCAUGAGCGUUACAACAAACAGUGGAUUGAACGGAAUUCGUCACCCGAUUACACGAAAGGCAUCUUUCAAUCGAUUGGCUUCAAGGAGUUUCACAAUUACCUGAUUUUGCCUGAGGACGAGAGGAAUAGUGAAAAGGGCCAAGCCUUACUGAAGCAGGGUAUCGAGGACUUGAAGCUUGUCACAAGAAGAUAUGCGAGACGUCAACAAAGAUGGACUAUGAAUAGAUUUAUUAGGAGAGCUGAUAGACAGGUACCACCUGUCUACGAAUUGAACUGCACAAAUAUCGAUGAAUGGAAUGCCAAAGUACUGAAAUUGGCGAUAGAGAUAGUGGAUGCCAAUCUGAGAGGAGAAAAGCCGGAGCAGCGAUCCCUCACCGAAAACAUUGAAAAUGAAAAGUGCACAGAUAGCAGUAAUGAAGAGGCAAAUUGGUGUGAGAUUUGUGAGAAGGUGUUAAUUGGAGAAUUGCAAUGGCGGGAACACAAGAAUGGUGCGAAACACAAAAAAAUGACGGAGAAGAAAAAGAUACUGAUUGCAGCGGCUUUGGACCAGACUACAAUACCGCCGAUAUUUUAGUGUACACCGAUGGAGGUUCGAUGUUUUGUUUUGUUUUUUUUUGUGAGAAAGAAUUAACAUAACACAUGAGUGCUAUAUUCUCCUCUCGUAUUUCUUGGUUCUCUUAGAGCAACGUACAUACCUGGUGUUGAAUGUUAAUAUUUGUGAGUGAAUAGAAGUUCUUAAAAUCCGA